AUGGAGAAACACUCCAUUGGAAUUACGUUGCUGGAACAAGUGAGAGGACUGGUGCUGUAUCUAGCGUACCACAACUUCAAGCAUCCCCCAACUGCAGAACUUCAGAGACUAGCGACCCAUAACUUCAGCACCAUAUACCCACCACCCAUAGUUAGAGAGGCCCCCGGCGGCCCUCAGAGCUCGUCCCAAUGCAGUAAUGAUAGAACAAUCAGUGGUGUAAUCUUGCGGGCCGGGGAUAAUCUUGCCACCCAGUCACCAGAGGCACCCUACUACCUGCAGCACCCAGUCAACAGAGGCACCCUUCCACCUGCAGCACCCAGUCACCAGAGGCACCCUACCACCUGCAGCACCCAGUCCAGUGGCACCUACCACCUGCAGUACCCAGUCACCAGAGGCACCCUUCCACCUCCAGCACCCAGUCACCAGAGGCACCCUACCACCUGCAGCACCCAGUCACCAGGGCACCCUACACCUGCAGCACCCAGUCACUUGAGGCACCCUACCACCUGCGGCACCCAGUCACCAGGGGCACCCUACUACCUGCAGCACCCAGUCACCAGGGCACCCACCUGCAGCACCCAGUGCAGGGCACCCCUACCUGUGCACCCAGUCACCAGGGCACCCCCACCUGCAGCACCCAAUCACCAGUGGCACCUUGCCACCUGCGGCACCCAGUCACCAAGGCACACUACCACCUGCAGCACCCAGUCACCAGAGGCACCCUACACCUGCAGCACCAGUCACCAGAGGCACCCUACCUGCAGCACUCAGUCACUUGAGGCACCUACCACCUGCGGCACCCAGUCACCAGAGGCACCCUACCACCUGCAGCACCAAGUCACCAGAGGCACCACCAUCUGCAGCACCCAGUCACCAGAGGCACCCUAUCAUCUGGGCACCCAGUCACCUGAGGCACUACCACCUGCAGCGCCCAGUCACCAGAAGCACCCUACCACCUGCAGCACCCAGUCACCAGGGCACCCUACCACCUGCGGCACCAAGUCACCAGGGCACCCUACCACCUGCAGCACCCAGUCACCAGAGGCACCCUACCACCUGCAGCUCCCAGCCACCAGAGGCACCCUACCACCUGCAGCACCCAGUCACUUGAGGCACCUACCAGCUGCGGCACCUGGUCACCAGAGGCACCCUACCACCUGCAGCACCCAGUCACCAGAGGCACCCUACCACCUGCAGCACUCCAGUCAACAGAGGCACCCUACCACCUGCGGCACCCAGUCACCAGAGGCACCCUCUACCUACAGCACCCAGUCACCAGAACCCACCACCCGGCACCCAGUCAUUGAGGCACCUUACCAGCUGCGGCACCAGUCACCAGAGGCACCCUACCACCUGCAGCACCCAGUCACCAGAGGCACCCUACCACUCUGCAGCACCCAGUCACUUGAGGCACCUUACCACCUGGCGGCACCCACACCAGGGCACCCUACCACCUGCAGCACCCAGUCACCAGAGGCACCCUACCACCUGCGGCACUCCAGUCACUUGAGGCACUUACCACCCACCCAGUCACCAGAGGCACUACCCCACGCCCCUGCCACCUGCAGCACCCAGUCACCAGCAGCACCCUACCACCUGCAGCACCAGUCACCAGAGGCACCCUACCUGCAGCCCCCAGUCACCUGA